GAGCCCGCGGCUCGUAGCUGGCGCUUGUAUCAGUGGCAGCCGACAUCGCGCCCCGGCUGGCCGGUCCCUCGGAACAUCGUAAUACGUGUUUGUGCAACAUUAAACAUGUUAUCGACAGUGCUUCUCAUCGCUUUACCAUUAGUUACUGCUGAUAUACCGUCCUACAUAAAAGUAUGCCAGCGAAAUGAUCCUAAUGUGGACAAAUGCAUCAUGAAUUCCGUAGAAGAGCUGCGCCCAAAAAUGAUUAAGGGUAUUCCCGAACUGGACGUGCCCGGCAUAGAGCCGCUCAGCCUAGGCCAGAUUGCGCUCGCCCGGGGGCCGCAGGGCGCCAAGCUUACUGCAGUCGUUAAUGACGUCAAAGUCAGAGGUCCCAGUAACUUCAUCAUUGAGGAGCUAAAGUCAGAUUUGGACAACAAUCGGUUCGACUUCAAGCUACUGCUGCCGCGGCUGGACUUCAACGGCAAAUACAAGAUGGACAUCCAGGUACUGCUGCUCCGCCUGCAGGGCCGCGGGAACAUCACCGGCUCCUUCAAGGAUUACGCUUGCAACGUGACUAUGAGAGGACAUAAGGAGAAGCGUGGAGAUGACGAAUAUUUGACAUUCGAUCCUUUCAAAGUGAAGCUUCGCGUCGGAGAAUCUUCAAUAUACCUGACGAACCUCUUCGACGGUGAUCCGAUCCUGGGACCAGCUACAAACAGGGUCAUCAAUGAAAACUCUCAAGUAUUCCUACAAGAAAUAAGUCCGGUCCUAGAACGUAGCCUUGCGGAUCUCUUCACGGAAAUGGCGAAUAAAAUAACAUCAAAAUUCACGUACAAAGAACUGUUUCCUUGAUUUGAGUUUAACUUCAUAGUUUAGAUAAUGUGUGAUUAUAUAUUUUUUGUGUGUGUUUAUUUAAAAAACAAUUGUCACAAUUAUUUGUUUGAUCUUUAAUUCUUGGAGCUUACGUUAUUUUUGAACCGACUUCCAAAAAGGAUAAGGUUCUCAAUUCUGUGUGGAUUGUAUGUUUUAUUAAAAAAAAUGUAUACAGCGUAACCAGGCAUAAGAACGGAGACCAAAUGACAAUUUAUUCGACAUUUCAUGAAUAACUUAAAGCUUAAUGUAUCCAAGUGAGAAGUAAAUUAUUAAUUAUUUUGUAAUGGCGUUAUUGUGUAAACCAUAGAGACAUAGUAUGUUUUUUUUUUAAAUUUCUCUUUGUCAGUUCUGUCAUUCCAGAAUUUAAAUGAAACAAUAGUUUCAUUUUGUAUUUAUUUUUUUAUUGGUUUUGUGAAUAAAAACAUAAGUUUUUUUUUUAUUUCUAAAUGUGAUAAUAAUUACGAAUAUAGUAACCAUCAAAAAUGUUGUGGAAAAUUAUGUUUAAAAAUUGUCCUCUAAUGAUGAUAAGUCUAAAAUUUUAUUUUAAUAUUAAAUUAGUUUGAUUUAUUUGUAGUUUAUAGCUGAGUCUAGACUAAUAUAUCUAAAUGUGUAUUACAGCCGUAAUUGUUUUGAAUGUACCUUCAUUUUAAAAUUAAAAAUUGCCACGAUUGGUUCUGUAAAUUUAUGUUUUUCUGUCAAUUGCAUUAUUUUAGUAUGUUAAAUUUUUCAAACGAAAUAUUUAUGAUUUUUAGCAAAAGAUUACAUUUGGAUUAGU